UCCUUUUAAUGCCUCAAUCAUGAACCUCCUCCUUGGUUUCUCCACGACACUUUUGUUUUCCCUUCUCUCUCGCAGACACAUUAGUUAAAGUCCCAUUAUUAAGUCAACAUAUAUUUGAUUCUCUCAUCAUUUAUGGCUUCCUUUUGGCCAUUCCCUGCAAUCUUCCUGGCCUUGAUGGCGUCCAAUUGUUCGUCAUGCCUGGCUUGUCCACCGAGUGUGCGUUUUUCCGCCAUAUCAGCGGCACCAACAGUAUCACCCGCUGCUCCUCUGGUCUCUGCUCCUCUCUCUCCAGAUAUUGAGCCUCUCUUUCCCUCUCCUGGUAAAGCAGCUUACUCUCCUUCUGACUCUUCGUUGCCCACCAUCCCUGCCAGCCCGAGUCCUCCAAAUCCCGACGCCUUCGGUACUCCAGGCUCAGUAAUGGCGUUUCCUCCAUCAGAGUCUAUGCCAGCCCAUGAUGCCCCUGCUUCACGCUCUUCAUCUCUCCCUCUGAAUCUCCUCUCAUAUCUGGCUUUACUGGUAAUUUGCUUGGUGCUCCAGCCUCAUGGCAUGUGAAUCUGAGUAGAUGCUGCUGUUUCUACUUUAUUGUUCUUGUCGCUAUUAGAGCGUUCCCUUUUCUUUUAUUAUUUUUGGUACAUUGUAUGAGGCACUGUUGAAUGAUGCUGCUUCACCAAUAUCAACAAUCUUUCAAGCCUGGCAAGAGUUAUCUUUAACUAUUAA